AUGAAGUUCACCAUUUGUAUUGCUUCCCUUGCCUUUGCAAGCGGUGCCUUCGCUGCCGAAGCCGAUGCAAACAAAGGUGCCGCUGGUGCCGGCCAAGCUGCUCCAGCCGGUCAAGCCGCUCCUGCCGGCCAAGCAGCUCCAGCCGGACAAGCAGCUCAUGCCGGUCAGGCCGCUGGGGCCGCUGGACAGCUCUUUCCAUAUGGUGGCGGCCCUUACGGAAACUUUUACGGCGGCUAUCCCUACGGUCCCUAUGGUGGCGGCUAUCCAUACGGUGGAUACCCAUACUACGGAUUUUAG